AUGACCGCCGUUGGUAUAAUUCAGGUCUGCGGAGGUUUUCCUUGCCCCGUGCUCGGCCGCGCAUCGGCCUCCAUCCAAAAGGGAUCGCCGAGAUGUCCAAGAUUGAGAAGAUGAGCAUUCAGGGGGUGAGGAGUUUUGGGAUCGACGACAGACACAAGCAGGUUAUCACCUUCUCCACUCCGCUGACGGUGCUGGUGGGACCCAACGGAGCGGGAAAAACAACCAUAAUCGAGUGCCUGAAGUACAUUUGCACCAGCGAUUUCCCGCCUGGAACGAAAGGCAACACGUUUGUACAUGAUCCAAAGGUUGCCCACGAGACUGACGUGCGAGCCCAAAUUCGUCUGCAGUUCCGAGACGUGAAUGGGGAGACGGUGGCGGUGCAGAAGUCACUGCUUUGCACCCAGAAAGGGAAGAAGAUAGAAUUCAAAACCCUGGAGGGACUGAUCACUCGCCUCAGGCACGGAGAGAAAAUCAGCCUGAGCUCCAAGUGCGCAGAGAUAGACAGGGAGAUGAUCAGUGCACUGGGCGUUUCCAAAGCCGUGAUAAACAACGUCAUAUUUUGCCACCAGGAAGAUUCAAACUGGCCUCUGAGUGAAGGAAAAACUCUGAAGCAGAAGUUUGAUGAUAUUUUUUCGGCCACCAGGUACAUUAAGGCUUUGGAGACGCUACGACAAGUACGCCAGAAACAGGCUCAGCGAGUCCGAGAGUGUCAGGGAGAACUCAAGUACCUCAAACAAAACAAGGAGAAAGCCCACGAGAUAAGGGAUCAGCUGACCAACAAAGAGACCCAACUGGCGGCCUCCAAAGAGAAUGUCCAAUCGAUAGAAAAUCAGAUCGAUCCAUUGGAGAAUCGCUUGCUGGAGAUCGACCAGAGCCUGGCUAAGGUGAUAAAAGUGGACAACGAGAUCAAAGCCCUGGAGAGUAGGAAGAAGCAAAUGGAGGAAGACAAUCAAGAUUUGGAAAUGAAAAUGGAACAGGUCUUCCAAGGAACGGACGAGCAGCUGAUAGAUACGUACCAGAAUCACCAGAGAACAGUGAGCGAGAAGACCAGGCUGGUGACCGAUCGGCAGCGGGAGCUGGAGAGAGUCAACCAGAGGUGUCAGAAACUCAACCGGCAGAAGUCCGAUAUGCUGGUUGAACAGGGGCGACUUCAGCUGCUGGCUGAUCGUCAGCAGGAGAACGUCAAGAGACGCGAUGCUUUGGUGCGGACGUUGGCGGGGCAGCUGGACCUGAGCGGCUACGAGCGCCCUCCCUUCAGCGAUCGACAGUAUCACGGCUUCCGUCAGCAGGUGGAAGAGAGGCUGAAGAUCGAGCAAGAGGCGGGAAACCAGCUGGUGAACGAAUUCACGGAAAAAGACGCAGCCAAACAACGGCAGAUCGACAAGGUCAGAGACAAGAAGACGGGACUGGAGAGAACCAUUGACCUCAAGCUAGAUAUCCACCGCAAGAAACAGUUGGAGCUCAACAGCGUGAACGUAGAUCUUCAGCAGCUGGAAGGAUCUUCGGAUAGACUGCAGGAGCUCGAUCAAGAGCUGAAGAAGGCCGAGCGGGAACUGGAGCGAGCGGAGGCCGACAGCAACGUGGAGGGUCUGAGGGCGGAGGUGACGGCUCUGCAGAAGGAGAAAGGAGAGCUCGACCGGUCCCUUCGCAAACUGGAUCAGGAAAUGGAGACGCUAUCCUUCCACACCGUAACGCGAACUGAGAUGGAGGUAUCGAAGAAAGACAAGGCAAACAAAGAGGAGCAGAUCAGGAAGAUAAAGUCCCGACACAAUGACGAGUUGGUGGCUCUGUUGGGACAUUUCCCCAACAAGAAGCAGCUGGAGGAUUGGAUUCACACCAAAGCCAAUGAGAUCAACAGCUCCAGAGAGAAACUGACUAAGAUGACCAAGGACUUGGCUUCAGCAGAGCAGAACAAGAAUCACACCAGCGCUGAGCUCAAGAAGAAGGAGCAACAGUUGGCUCAGUACGAAGAGAAGCUUUUCGAAGUGUGCGGAGGCCAAGACUUUGAAAGCGAUCUGUACAAACUCCAGGACGAUAUCGACAAGACGUCAAAGCAGAGAGCCAUGCUCUCGGGAGCCACCGCUGUGUACACGCAGUUCAUCAGCCAACUGACGGAGGACAACGAGCCCUGCUGCCCGGUCUGCCAGCGCAUCUUCCCUUCCGAGGCGGAGUUGCAAGACAUCGUCAACGACUUGCAGUCAAAGCUCCGUCUCGUUCCCGAUAAACUGAAGGCGACUGAGUCCGAGCUGAAGAGGAGGGAGAAACGUCGGGACGAGAUGAUGGGACUGAAGCCAGUCAGGGAAACAGUGACCGAGCUGAAUGAAAGGGACCUGCCUGAGCUGCGGAACAAGCUGCAGAACAUCAUUCGCGACAUUCAGCGUCUGAAGUGCGACGUGGAAGAGCAGGAGACACUUCAGGCCGCCUUCAUAUCUGAGGAAGGCUCGGCCAAACAGUGUCUACAAGACAUCUCGCUCAUGGAUAGGUAUCAGAUGGAGCUGAGGGACGUAGAGCGUAAGAUCGCUCAGCAGGCAGCCAAGCUCCAGGGAGUCGAUGUGAGCCGCACUAUGCAGCAAGUCAACCAGGAGAAACAGGAGAUGCAACAUAAGCUCGAGACAGUCUCGAGCCGGGUGGAGCUGAAACGGAAGCUGAUCCAAGACCAGCAGGAGCUGAUCCAGUCGCUGAAGAGCAGCCUGAACGAGGUGCGAGCUGAGAAGCUGCAGAUCGCCAGCAACAUGCAGCGGCGGCAACAGCUGGAGGAGCAGAGCGUGGAGCUGGCCACCGAGAUCGAGUCCCUCCACAGAGAUAUACGCGAAGCCAAGGAACAGCUGUCUCCUCUGGCCGCAGCUUUGGAAAAACUACUGAAAGAAAAGCUGGAUCUGAUGGAGAAGAAGACCGCGAGCUGCAAGGAGAUUCAAGAGAAGAUAAAUGACGUGAAAGAAAAAGUCAAAAACAUCGAUUGGUUCGCCAAAGAAAUUCAACGCUACAUCCAGGAAAAAAAAGAUGAAUUCAAAGAGCAAAAGGAGUCCGAGCUUCAAGAAACGGUCACCCAACUAAACGAGGUGGAAAAGCAGCGAGAGAAGAUUCAGAGGGACAUCGAGGCUUUCCGGAAGGACAUCGAUACGCAGAAACUUGAGGAGAGGUGGUUGCAGGAUAAUCUGACCUUGCGGAAACGAGUGGAAGAGCUGAGAGGUGUGGAGGCCAAAAGGCAGGAUCUACUGCAGCAGAUUGGAGAGAUGCAAGUGAUGCAACUGAAAAAUGAACGUAGACAGUUGGACGAGAAACUGGAACAGCUGAAGGACAAUCGCAGCCUGGCUCACGGACGCCAGAAAGGAUUCGAGGAGGAGAUUCUUCGGUUCAGGAAGGAGCUGAAAGAGCAGCAGUACAAAGACGCCGAGGAGAAGUUCAGAGAAAUGAUGAUCACCAUUAGAACAACCGAACUGGCCAACAGAGACCUUGAUAUUUAUUACAAAGCACUGGAUCAGGCAAUAAUGAAAUUUCACAGCAUGAAGAUGCAGGAGAUCAACAAAAUUAUCCGUGACCUGUGGAGGAGCACAUACAGGGGCCAAGACAUUGAAUACAUUGAGAUACGUUCUGAUGCCGACGAGAACGUGACGGCUGGGGACAAGCGGAGAAAUUACAAUUACCGGGUGGUGAUGGUGAAAGGCGACACGCCACUCGACAUGAGGGGGAGAUACAGCGCGGGGCAGAAGGUCCUGGCUUCCCUCAUAAUCCGCCUGGCUCUCGCUGAGACUUUUUGUCUGAACUGCGGAAUACUGGCUUUGGACGAACCAACCACCAACUUAGACCGGGAGAACAUUGAAUCAUUGGCUCAUGCCCUGGUGGAGAUAAUCAAGAGUCGAUCGAACCAGAGAAACUUCCAGCUUGUGGUCAUCACCCACGACGAGGACUUUGUGGAGCUGCUGAGCCGGUCGCAGUACGUCGAACACUUUUAUCGGGUCAAAAAGAACAUUGAGCAGUGCUCGGAGAUCAUCAGGUGCAGUGUCACCUCUCUCAACGCCCACGUUCAGUGAUUGCGUGGGCCCCUGCUUGUGUGUCUCUUACACAUACACACCAUCACCACCUUUAUCUCCAAAUUAUCUUCCAGUCAUAGCUCCCGUGUGAAAGACACACUUUGCGUCGAAGUUUUGGGGUUGUUUUUUUUUUACAGAGUCAACUGAUUUGAUUCCGAUUUUGGUUGUCGACGUUGGGUUCAUCAGCAUCUCGGUAAACAUGUUACAUGGUUAGCUAUCUGUCGAUCCAUCGAUCUGCUAUUCAGCAGUGAUUCAUAACACCCUUAUCGUGCCAGUGUUGCAUCUGCAGGAAAGUAGCGCAGGAGU